AUGCACCAGAUAACUGUGCCGACGAAGGAAACUGGCACGAGUCGAUCCGAAAACGCAGCGGGGCUCUCGGCCAAGGGAGAGAUACGAAUUGAGAAUGGCUCAAGGGAGAUAGAAGCGGACGAGCGAUGCCAUAAAGUUUCUGGCGGGUGGAGUGAGGGAAAAGUGAAACAACAACGGUUGCAACAGGAGUAUCCAGACUUAGGCAAACAGACGCCGAGGAUGGUUGACGUUGAAGAGGUGAGGUUGGGGACGAGGGAGCAAAGAGGGAGAGAGCGAGAAAGGAGAUGUGGAAGGGGCAAGGAGCACCACCAGCAGCAGCAGCAGGAGCAGCGAUGUUUGCUGAGCUGGGCCAACGUCUGGGAACGCGAAGUUUACCCCGGAGCCCAAUCUACUUCCCUAGAGGAGGAGAUGUCCUAUACGGUAUACGGUGUCCCUUUCACGAAUUCACAAAAUACUGGCACAGAAAUCAAAGCCUGUCUGAAAUCUAACACCCAGAGAGCAGAAGAGGGUUCCGUCACAGAUGCGUUUGGGCGCUGA